AUGCCUCAAGUCAAUCUGUUCAAAGUAGGACGGUGUCUCAUUCCAGUAGUAGAUUUGAAAAUAAGGUUUACAUCCAAUGAUCCGAAAUUCUUCACGAAUGGACAAGGUACAGUUAAUGUCAGGUUACCGGCUGAAGACUUGAAAAUGAUAUUAUUAGCUUGUCUGGUCAAAGUUAGGUCGGAUGUGUACAAAAACAUUGUGACCAUGAGACCUAGAUGUGUAUCAUCCCACGGUAUGAUCUGAAAUCAGGACCUACAUCUUAUCCGUCAAUCACACAAACUCUGAAGCUACAGAUGUGUUUAAUGGAAGGGUGCCGGACCGAGUGGUAGUAGCACUCAUGCAUCAGGGCUGUUUUAAAAAUGCCUACUAUAGAAACCCAUUCAACUUUGUAAAAGCUAAAUUAACUAGUAUCAAACAACUCGUUGAAGGAGGAGAAUAGCCGUAUCUACCGCUGGAAAUCAAUAGAGACAACGAUCAAAGGGACGUGGAAGGAUACCAUAGACUUAUCAAAGCCGGUUGUGCAGAUUGGAGACGUAAGUGUAUGAUCAAACCAGAACAUUGGGGAGAAGGUAAGACUGUGACCUUGUUCAAGUGGGACAAUGUAGAAAAAAAUUGUUAAAAGAAAGAAACCAUAAAUUAUUACCACCAACCAAGCCGGUUGUAUACUGUUAUGAAGCCUGUCAGCCUACGACAUUUACCAGAAUGAAAAAAGAACAAGGAAUUCAACUUUACAUAGGGAUAUCCAGUAGCGAAUUGUCAGACAAAUGGUAUGUAAAAAGUCGGGGUGGAAUCAUGGUCUUAGACGAUUUGAUGGAUGAAGGAAGCAACGACCAAAGAAUAUUGGACCUUUUCACCAGACUCCCAUCAUCGAAAUAUCACCAUCAUCCACAUGUGAAAAGACCAAAUCUAGGAAUGCGCAUUAAAUCGAUGCCUUUAAAAAUCCCGGAGAUCAAGUGGGAGUACGCAAUCUCACCCAACAGGUCAAAGAUGUACUGA